CCUCAACGUUCUAAUGGCCGCAGUAUCACCACUGCCGUGUUCUUAUCAUAUCUAAAGUUUUCGUAGCUUCAAUCGUUUUUAAUUGCUUUUGUCGUACAAGAUUUUCAACAUGCGAGUUAAAUUAAUAUUCUUCUUUGCUUUUUUUAGCAUCGUACAAGGUAUUAUCCAUAUAAAACAUUUCGAAGCAAAUCCCGACACGAAAAGGCUUUAUGAUGAUUUAUUGUCGAACUACAACAGAUUAAUUCGACCAGUCAUCAACAACACAGAAACAUUAACCGUUUGGUUGGGGUUGAAGUUGUCGCAAUUGAUUGAAAUGAAUUUAAAAAAUCAGGUCAUGACAACUAACGUAUGGGUAGAGCAGAAAUGGUUCGAUUACAAACUACGUUGGGAUCCGAAUGAAUACGGAGGUAUUGAGAUGUUGUAUGUACCUUCGGAAAACAUAUGGCUGCCCGACAUCGUCCUGUACAACAAUGCUGAUGGCAAUUACGAGGUGACGCUGAUGACCAAAGCAACUUUGAAGUACACUGGCGAAGUUGCAUGGAAACCGCCAGCUAUUUAUAAAUCGUCUUGCGAGAUAAACGUCGAGUAUUUUCCGUUUGACGAACAAUCCUGCAUCAUGAAAUUUGGUUCUUGGACGUACAAUGGCGCGCAGGUAGACCUUAAGCAUAUGGAACAAGUAGCUGGCAGCAAUUUGGUGCCCGUUGGAAUUGACUUGAGCGACUUUUAUUUGUCCGUCGAAUGGGAUAUACUCGAAGUACCAGCAGCACGUAACGAGGAGUACUACCCUUGUUGUACGGAACCUUAUUCAGAUAUCACAUUCAACAUUACCAUGAGAAGAAAAACUUUAUUCUACACCGUAAAUCUUAUAAUACCGUGUGUGGGCAUCACAUUCCUAACCGUACUGGUGUUUUAUCUACCAAGUGAUUCAGGGGAAAAGGUCUCAUUGUGUUCCUCCAUCUUACUGUCGUUGACAGUGUUCUUUUUACUUCUGGCAGAAAUCAUUCCGCCAACGUCAUUGGCCAUACCACUGCUAGGGAAAUAUUUAUUAUUUACAAUGAUCCUAGUAACUUUAUCCAUAUGGAUAACUGUUUGCGUUCUAAACGUUCACUUCCGGUCACCGUCUACUCAUAAUAUGUCACCCUGGGUAAAACAAGUUUUUUUAAAUUGGAUGCCACGAAUUUUAAUGAUGCGUCGCACCCCAUAUUCCACACCUGAGUACGAUGAUACAUAUAUGGAUAGUGGUUAUACGAACGAGGUGGAUUUUAGUAUCGAUAUCUGGAAUCACGAUUGCGUAUGCAGUUUCCGGGACAGCGUGAGCGAUUACCCGUCCGAAUUGAAGGGAAGCCCAGACGGUUUUGAAAGCGUCACUUCCGCUUACAAAAGCAUACGGGACGACGAACAUCGACACAUGCCCCAUGCGUCAAUAACUGACAGCGAGAACACAAUGCCAAGACAUUUAUCACCGGAAGUCAUGUCGGCUCUUGAAGGCGUCCGUUUCAUUGCUCAACAUAUUAAGGAUGCUGACAAGGAUAACGAGGUUAUAGAAGAUUGGAAAUUCGUGGCUAUGGUCCUCGACAGAUUCUUUCUCUGGGUUUUUACAAUCGCUUGCUUUGGGGGCACUUUGGGCAUCAUCUGUCAGGCCCCGAGUCUCUACGAUACACGGGAACCCGUGGACCAAAGACUUUCUGGGAUCUCAUUGCGAAAGAGUUUUAUGCAUCCAAAAGAGUUUUUUCCAGAAGAAUUCGAUACUUGAGUCUCAAAAAAAUAUUUUAUCCAAUCAUUUUUUUGACUUGUCCAUCAACAACGAAUCGCAUCUCCUCACGAGUCAUUGUUACUGAUAUAAGGAAUUUUCUGUAUAUACAUACAUCUGUACUAUUACAUAUUUAUUAAAAUUGUCUAUAACCGUAAA